AUGAAGAAAUUAUCAGAGGCAAGAACAAAGCUCGUAUUCGAGAAGCUAACAAAAUACAUCGGCACAAACGUGAAGAACUUGAUUGAUCGGCCAGAUGGUAUUUACUGUUUUCGGGAAAAAAAGGACAGAGUGUAUUAUGUGUCAGAGAAAAUAUUAUCGUUAGCGAGUAACAUAGAAUCUGAUCAUCUGUUAAGUUUAGGCACUUGCUUUGGCAAAUUCACAAAAUCAGGAAAAUUCAGACUACAUAUUACUGCAUUACAUUAUCUAGCACCUUACGCACAACAUAAAAUUUGGGUAAAACCUUCAAUGGAGCAACAGUUUCUCUAUGGAAAUCAUAUUAUGAAAUCAGGCCUUGCUCGUAUGACAGAAGAUAUUUCUCAAUAUCAAGGUGUUGUCAUAUUUUCUAUGAAUGAUUUGCCACUGGGAUUUGGCGUUGCUGCAAAAAGUACAGCCGAUUGUAAAGAAUCAGAUCCUAUAGCAGUAAUUUGCUUUCACCAAGCAGAUAUUGGAGAAUAUAUUCGUUCAGAAGAUACAUUACUAUGACAAAGAUUUACACCUGUUCUCUUUUUUUUUCUUUUUCUCAGAAAACAAGAUAUCUCUAAUUUGUACAA